GACAACCUGUGAGUGUGAGCUGCAAGCUGCUAUCUGUGAAAGAAAGGCUUUUAUUGUUAAACAGGAAAAGUUCAACAAUGGCUGCCAGACAGCUCCUGCAAAGAGGACUAUUGAGACAAACCGCAUGGACCCUUGGGAGGAAGGUUUGUCAGGGACCUGUUCCUAUGGUUACAGGCCUCAAGUCCGCAUCGGUAGUGCUUGUUGUGCAAAGGUUCCCACAGUUCAUCAAUUCCUCAGCGCCAUUUCACAGUAGCAGCCAUUGUCUAGAUGAGAAUAGCUUCAUCAUCCAAGACCGGGAUGACUUCCAGGAGAAGGUUCUCAACAGCAAAUCACCGGUCAUAGUCGACUUCCAUGCUGAAUGGUGCAACCCGUGCAAGGCUCUGGCCCCAGUCCUCGAUGCAGUCCUCCAGAAUACCAAGGGCCAGGUCAAGCUAGCCAAGGUGGACAUUGAUGAACUCCAGGACCUUGCCAUCGGCUUUGGAGUUGACUCCGUCCCCACCAUCAUGGCCUUCAAAGGAGGUCAGAAGGUGUCAAAGUUCAUCGGAAAUCAGAGCCAGGAAAAGGUGGAGGCAUUUGUGGAAAAAUUGCUCACAUGAGAAAGGCUUUCACUACAUAUAAAUCUAACACACCUGUAUGUAUCAUGAGCUGGAGACAAUUAUCAUAGAUAAUUGAAGAAGAGGCAAUUAUCUGGACAUUUAUGUGAUUUGACAAGACUCUGAUGUUAUAUUUUGUGAUUGAACACAAUUGCUAGUUCCCAAGGUAUACUCUCUAAAUGUAUAGGAG